AUGCCAUGUCCCCCCCCCGCUGUCCCCAGCCCCGUGAGCACCCAGCUCCUGGUGGAGCCCCCCUGGACGCCACAGGUGCUGUGGGACCGGGUGACACUGACCUGCCAGGGCUCGGGGACCGCCGCUGCCACCACCUGGUACAAGGACGGGCGGCGCUGGUGGAAGGAGCGACGACAGCAGCUUACUGUCACAGAGAGUGGCACCUACAAGUGUCACAGACCCGGGACCAGGAUCAGCUCCCCCAUGAUGGUGUCAAAUGAGCCGCUGGUGCUGCAGGGCCCAGCACGGGCACUGCUGGAGGGGGACACGGUGACACUGCGCUGCCGGGGCCGGCAGGACAGCCCUGUCACCAAGGUGCGAUUUUACAAGGACGAGCGGGAUCUAGGGGAGUCCCUCGGGGGCACCGAGCUGUCCCUGUCUCCUCUGCAGCUGCACAAAAGCGGCCGAUACCGCUGCGGUGGCUUGGUGGCCUCAGGAAUGUCACUUUCCGCGCCGGUGACAGUGACAGUCAAUGAGCUCUUCACGGUGCCGGUGCUGGAGGGUCCCCCCGAGCUCACCGAGGGGUCCCCCCUCAAUCUCAGCUGCCUCAGCACCCCCAGCCCCCUGCGGCCCCCAGCCCCCCUCCUGUACCGCUUCUACCGGGACGGGCAGUCGGUGGGGGGCCCGCAGGGGUCCCCGCAGCUCCUGGUGCCCGCCGUGGGGGUCUCCCACUCGGGGAAUUACAGCUGCGAGGUGCGCUCCGAGGGGGGGGCCGUGCGGAAGAGCAGCGCCCGGCUCGGCGUCACGGUGCGCAGUGAGUGCGGGAUGGGCACGGGGAGCCCCCACAGCCCUCCCAGGUCUCCCAUCCCUGUUCAACCCUCUGCGUGCUGCCCUGCUUUCUCAGCUCUCUCCCUGGGUCCCUGCAUCGCCUCUCCUGGUGCCUGCAUCCCUCAUCAGGUCCCCUCAGCCCCUUCCUGAGUGCAACUGUGUCUAUCUGAGGUUCCUGCAUUGUCAAUAGGUCACCAUCCCUGUCAGGGCACCCAAAAUCUUCCCUUCAAUCCUUUCCUGGUGUCCCCUCUCUGAAUAUCCCAUCCGUCCCUGAGGUCACUUCCACCCCGUUCCAAGCCUCCCCACCGUCUUCUUCCUCACUGGGAUCCCGACACCCCUCUUAGAUCCUCCCCCUCCCCGAAUCGCUCACUGCUUCCUGGUGUCCCCUAUUCCUCCCAUGUCCCCAGUCCCUCCUGUGUCACCCCGCAGGGGUCCCGCUCUCAGGGGUGUCACUGUGUGCGCAGACCCCCGGGGGACAGAUGGCACUAGGGGACCGCCUGGUGCUGAGCUGAACGGUGGCCAUAAGGACAGGUCCCCUGUCCUUCUCGAGCGGGGGGGCUUGGGGACAAGACUGGGCACCGACCCUCACUUGGACCUGUGGCACCAAAAUAGGGGCUAGUAUGCGUGGUGACACCGUGGCUGACCGUGUC